AUGCCCGACGGACCUAGCCUUCUCGAAUCAGAAGUUCUUUUACCAACGGGCCUGUUAGUCUUCAUGGCUCAUUCUCUGAUCAAGGACGCCACAGAGGAGUAUCCUAAAACAAGAGAUGCGUAUUGGGAAUAUUACGGUGAACUUGAAAGUAAUGUCCGAGCCAACCCACUGGAUCGAUCGCAUCAACAGAAAGCUUCCGCUUUCAUUGAUGAGAUACGUAUCAUUCAGCGUCAUAUUGGGUCUCAAAAAAAGGUUAUGAGGAGUCUAGAGGCUAGACUAUCAUCCACUAGAUACGAACGGCUUCGGAUUACUCACUCUCAGGGUGUUGUCUACCCUAGUCCUCAGGAGACUAUAUUGGAAGAGUGUAUGUUGACACUAAGGGAAAAGAACGAGUCAUUUCAUGAGCUCUUGGGCAAAGCAGAAUCGCUGAUCAAGGCUGUAAGAUGA